AGCACGACCCUGAGCCACGGGAUUCGCGGCAGGGGCAGGGACGGCCAACAAAAGUUGCCAUAUCGGCGACGACACCCAUUCCACUUCCUUCUACACCACACUCUCUUUUCUUACUCGGCCUCUGCGCACGCCGCGUCACCUUCCCAAGCCUCGGACGACUAAUUCCCAUCCCGUUUCCAAGCCCAGUAAUAGGCCCUUCACUCCCGACGACCAUUACCAGACACCGCUACCCACCUUCCAUCCACCUUCCAACUACACACCCUCCACCAUGUCGCGUUUCAGCAUUCCCAUCGAUGCGCUAACCUCGCGGAUGAAUUUUGGCGGUCGCUUUGACAGCCUGCGCUCCACGUCGGUUUCGUCGCGCUUCGCCAAUUUGCGACCCAUUAGCGAAUUUUUCGAUGUCAAGCGCAUGUCCAAGCCCGCCAACUUUGGUGAAGUGCAGAGCAGAGUCAACUACAACCUGGGCUACUUCUCAAGCAACUAUGCUGCUGUCUUCGUCAUGCUCAGCAUCUACAGCUUGCUGACCAAUCUGAUGCUCCUUUUUGUCAUCUGUCUGGUCGUCGGAGGCAUGUACGGUAUCGGCAAGCUCGAGGGCAAUGAUCUUGAACUUGGCAGCUGGCGCGCAACCACUUCUCAACUAUACACCACGCUGUUCGUCAUUGCAGUUCCUCUCGGUCUCUGGGCCUCACCCUUCACCACUGUUCUCUGGCUCAUUGGAGCGACUGGUGUGACUGUCGUGGGCCACGCCGCAUUCAUGGACAAGCCAAUCGAGUCAGCUUUUUCCGAGGAGGCGGUCUAGGUGGUCGGCCGCGAACUCCUUACACUAUGCCCCACUGGGGAAGACCACCAGGGGGCUCGUCGGGUGUGGGGAGAUACUUUGAGGGGGUGGACGAUGUGCAUAGAUUUCAAGAAUUGUCAAGCGAUGACGAAAAUGGCGGUGUUACAAUAGAGGGGGCGUUUGAACCGGCAUUGGAUGGCAAGAAGAUUGAUCCAGAUGAGCUAUACUUUAAUGAUAUGGAUAUUAGAGCGUGGGAACGGAGGACAUCAGCUUUAGCGGAGCCUAUGCACGGACCUGUGCAUGGUUAUCGAGGUUAUCGUGAAGAGUACUUUGGUGGACCGGGCGAAACGAUCAACCCGGCCGAAGUGGAAGAGAUGCUCUUUCGGCGGGUGCUUGACAAGAUCCGCGUAGCCAGGGCAGCAGGGAAUACAGAUGUUUCACUCAGUGCGGAAGAACUCGACGCAUAUCAAUCA